UGUUGCACUCCUUCUCCACUCCUGGACUUGGUAGCAGAAGCAUAAACGACGGCAGUUGCAGUAAUUAAAACUGGCAGAUAUUGGAGGACCCCCAGCAGCAACAACUGAACUGCAGCAAUUUUCCACCAAAAACCAUACAGCACCCGAUACAAACCGAUGCUGCCUAGUCGAGAAUAUGUAGUUCACUCCAUAAGUUUGAAAAGAUAGAAGCAAAAAAAAAAAACAAAAACACACAUCGUUCUACUUUGAGAAACGGCAGUCGUCGCAGGAUUAAAUAAUUUUUUCUUCGCCUCCAGUUCUCCCAACGCCAAGGAGUCCCAAGUGAGACUGAAUUGUGUGGAAGGUCCUCGCAACUCGGAGUGGUGUCCUGCUGACUGUCCUGGAGAAGAACCGGGCGCGGCACACAGCAGAAGAAUCACGAGUUUUAAUUUGAAAUUGGUGUAGUGUGAACUGUGUACGUAGGUACAGAAACUACCAACAAACGGUUUAGGGAAUGGGAAGGGAACCACCAACGAAUGCCAGGGAGGGCAAACGACGAGAACAAAAACUUUAGAACUAUAUCAGCAUAAAUGAAAAUUAAGUGAAGUUUUGUGGCCGAGAGACAGAAGCAGCAACAGAAGUAGUGGUCCCGCCGAAGAAUUAAAGUGAAAUAAUAGAGUGUGAAGAACUGAGUUGGUCCGAAUCGGUAGGGAGCGUGGAGAAAAGAAAACUCGAAACUUACCACCACAUAGGCCCGACGAAAGCCGAACGCACCCGAACGAAAUAGACGAACUAACACAAGCGAACGGUGUGGAGACUUUUUCCGCGUACCUACGCUAUCCUGUCGUGUACGGGGAACUUCGGGUGCCAAACGCAUACAGGCAAGACGCGCUCGGGUUCAACUUCGGGUCCGGUUGUGUAGAGUUUGUUGCAAAGGAAACUGGAAAGCUCAUAUAUACAAGUCAGCUUCGGCUCGUCGGCAGUUUAGUACAAUUUCAGACGUUCGUAACGAAACAUGUUUAUUACUGGUGCUUCGCGUGCGUUUUCAUCCCAAAAUCAUCAAUCGCGAACCUAACGACGAACCCCAGAGAAUCAAUUGCGUAAAACAUUGUGCUUAGUUAAGUUCGGUACGAAAGUCAACAAUAGCUAAAUCAGAACACUCGUAAAUCGUGCAAAAAACCACAGCAAAAGAAGAUAUACAAGUUAAACGUAUAGCAGCAUAUUCCCGCAGCGAAUUUGUGCAACGAGGGAUUGUUUUUUUUCGAUUUUCUGCUAACCCAAUGGGAAUUUGAGACCCGCGCCUUUAGAACUGUGCCGUGGUGUGUUGUGCUGUGCAGUUGUGGAUAACAAGCACGGGCAAUUUCGGGGCAAAGUGAAGACAAGGCGCGCCAAACAGCCAGAAAACACGAAGAUUGGCGAAAAUGAGAAAUUACAUGACAUAACACAGCGCCUUUUGCCGACAUUUCGCUUUUCGCGCCCCAAGUUCUUUAAUGUUAAAUGUGUUACCGCGUGCGAGAAUUUUGUGUUGGGUUGAAUUUUUUAUUUUUUUGUUUUCGGUUUCCGCUGUCUGCUGGUUUGAAGUUGAAAAAUGAAAUAAAUUCAUCUUAAAUGAUUGAAGUGGCCGAUAGCAGCGAAGAAGCGGUUCAACAGCAAGUUCUGCCAAAAAGUCGAGCAGUUCUUCGAAGAUCAACCAUUCGGUGAAGAAAAAAGAGGUUGUGUGGAAAAGCAGCAAAAAUGAGUCUCAUUACUCGCAAUACCGAACUGGUGGCACUACCAGCACUGUUGCUGAUGUUUUUGCUGUCGGUUCAGGUCAACUAUAGCCUUCAGUAUGACUCGGCCGAGGCCCGGUAUUAUCCGACCAGCCCGGUUGAGUCCAAUCUGCGGUACGACGCUCCGGAUGAUUGCACCUAUCGCGUGACCCCGGAAGACGGGGUAGACCUAGUAUGUAAUCUAAGAACUGUAAACAGUGAAUUCGACAACACAAACUUUAGUGUGAUACCCUCAGAGCAUACGAGCUCACUCACGGUUAUUUGUAACGAGGCCGUGAUGGCCCGUAGCAAGUUGCAGCCCAAAUCGUUCGCCCAUCUGAUGCGGUUGAAGGGGCUCUCGUUGGAGUUUUGCAAAAUUGCAAAGUUCGGUAACGACGUGCUGUCGGGAUUGAGUGAUUUGCGAAAUUUCUCCUUAAGGACGCACAACAUCAACUGGCCGGAACUGAACCUGGAAAUCGAGCCGGAGGUGUUUGUGCACACGAAAAACAUCGAACAACUGGAUCUUAGCAUGAACAACAUCUGGUCACUGCCGGAUCAUUUAUUCUGCUCGCUGAAUGGGCUCAGGUCAUUGAACAUCAGCUCCAACCGGCUGCAGGACGUCAACGAUCUUGGAUUUCGGGAGAAGCCAAUCGUUAAGGAUGAAAGUGGAGCUAACAGCACCGUUAGCUGCAACUUGGAUCUGGAAGACUUGGACGUGUCGAAAAAUCAUUUCGUCCUUCUGCCGGCCAGUGGAUUUGGCACGCUCAAGCGAUUGAAGCUGCUCAAAAUUCACGAUAACGAAAUAUCAAUGGUUGGUGAUAAGGCCCUGAAUGGGUUGAAAGAACUGCAAAUCUUGGAUUUGAGCUCGAAUAAAAUCGUUGCUCUUCCCACAGAUCUCUUCAAGGAUCCAGCUCAAUCAAUCCAGGAAAUUUAUCUGCAGAACAACUCCAUCAGCGUGCUUUCGCCCGGAUUGUUCUCGAAACUGGAGCAACUGCAAGCACUGGAUCUCUCGAUGAAUCAGCUCACAUCAGCUUGGGUCAACCGGGACACAUUCUCCGGGCUUAUCCGUUUGGUCCUGCUAAACUUGGCAAACAACAAAAUCACAAAACUAGAGUCGGAAAUUUUCUCCGACCUGUACACCCUGCAAAUCCUAAAUUUGCGUCACAAUCAACUGGAUGUGAUUGCCGCUGACACAUUUUCCCCAAUGAACAAUCUGCACACAUUGUUGCUAUCGCACAACAAAAUCAAAUACCUGGAUGCUUACUCUCUGAAUGGGCUGUACGCAUUGUCGCUGCUGUCUUUGGACAACAAUGCGUUGACCGGAGUUCACCCGGAGGCGUUCCGCAAUUGCAGCUCCUUGCAGGAUUUGAACCUCAAUGGAAAUGAGCUAACUCAGGUUCCAUUGGCCUUGAAAGAUAUGCGACUCCUAAGAACGGUUGACCUCGGAGAGAACUCAAUCACGGUUAUUGAAGAACCCGGAUUCCGAGGAAUGAACAAUCUGUACGGGCUGCGAUUGAUUAGCAAUCAAAUCGAGAACAUUACCCGAAAAGCCUUUAAGGAUCUGCCGAGUCUGCAAAUUCUCAACUUGGCCCGCAAUAAAAUUCAACUGAUUGAAAAAGGAGCUUUCGAGGCGGCCGUCAGCGUUCAGGCGAUUCGAUUGGAUGGAAAUCAGUUGACCGAUGUCGAUGGUUUGUUUUCCGGAAUGCCCAAUCUGGUGUGGCUCAACAUCUCCGACAAUCGGCUGGAACAUUUUGAUUAUUCUCAAAUCCCAACCCACCUGCAGUGGCUAGAUUUGCACAAAAACGAGCUGGCUGAGAUUAGCAAUCGUUACGGGUUGGACAAUCAACUGUUCUUGCAGACUUUGGAUGCCAGCUUUAACCGGUUGACAAAAGUGACACCGGGCUCGAUUCCGAACAGCAUCGAAUUUUUGUUCUUGAAUGAUAAUCAGAUUGUGCACGUGGAACCGCACAGCUUCAUCCACAAAACCAACCUUACUCGGGUGGAUUUGUACGCAAAUCAGCUGACCGGUUUAGACAUUAAAGCUCUUCGGCUGCAACCGGUUCCGGAGGAUAAGCAGCUGCCGGAGUUUUACAUCGGCGGUAAUCCGUUUGUGUGCGAUUGUAACAUCGACUGGCUGCAGAAGAUUAAUCAUGUGACUUCCCGGCAGUAUCCGACCAUUAAUGACAUCGAGACGGUGUACUGCCGGUUGAUGCAUAAUCGCGAGAGGGCGUUCAUUUCGCUGAUUGAAGCGGAGCCAAAACAUUUCCUGUGCAGCUACAAUACGCACUGCUUUGCGCUGUGCCAUUGUUGUGAAUUUGACGCGUGUGAUUGUGAGAUGACUUGUCCGAAUAACUGUCAGUGCUAUCACGAUAACAGUUGGUCGACCAAUAUAGUGGAGUGCUCGGCCGCGGGUUAUACGGACAUUCCGAACAAUAUUCCCAUGGACACGACCGAGGUGUGGAUUGAUGGAAACAAUUUGGUGGAACUUUCGGGGCAUAGUUUUAUCGGACGGAAGAAUUUGAGAGUGCUACAUGCUAAUCAUUCCAACAUUGAGAUUAUCUAUAAUACUACGUUUAUUGGACUGCGUCGUUUGACGAUUUUACAUCUGGAGCAUAAUAAUAUCCAGAAAUUGUACGGAAAUGAGUUCAGUGCGUUGGAAAGUUUGCGCGAGUUGUACCUGCAGGGGAACAAGAUUUCUUACAUCGAAGACCAUACGUUUUCCGAACUGAGAAAGCUGGAAGUGUUACGUUUGGAUGGAAAUCGGUUGAGUAGCUUUGAAGUGUGGCAGUUGGGUUCUAAUCCUUAUCUGGUGGAAAUAGCUUUGGCUAAUAAUAUGUGGACCUGUGAUUGUGGCUUCCUGAAUAAGCUGCGUGGUUAUCUGCAGUCGAAUCAGGAGAAGAUAAUUGAUGCUAAUGACAUUAGCUGCAUCUAUAACAAUCUGACUAGCAUUCUGAAGGAGAAAAACGGCACCAAAUGUACAUUCCGUGGCGAGGGCAUGAGUUCGAUUGUGCACACCCAGGAGAUCGAAGAUAUGUUGCCACUGUUGUUGGUGGCCACUUGUGCAUUUGUUGGAUUCUUCGGGUUGAUCUUCGGAAUGUUUUGCUAUCGGAAGGAGCUUAAAGUGUGGGCUCACAGUAGCUGCUUUGGCUCGCUGUGCUACAAGUCGGGAACCUUUGUCAACGAAUUUGAUAAGGAUCGGCUGUACGAUGCGUACAUUAUCAAUUCGCUGCAGGAUGAACACUUUGUGAAUCAGAUACUGGCAUCGACGCUGGAGAACGACAUCGGAUUCCGGUUGUGUUUGCACUAUCGCGAUUUCAACAUCAACACCUACAUUGCCGAUACAAUUGUGGAAGCAGUCGAGAGUUCGAAGCGAGCGAUUCUGGUGCUUUCGAAAAACUUUUUGUACAACGAAUGGACCCGGUUUGAGUUCAAGGGUGCGAUACAUGAGGUGCUGAAGCGAAGGAGGAAGCUCGUUAUCAUCCUGUACGGAGAUUUACCUCAGCGUGAUUUGGAUGCCGAUAUGCGUUUGUAUUUGCGAACAAACACUUGCAUCGAAUGGGACGAUAAAAAGUUCUGGCAGAAGCUGAGAAUCGCGUUGCCUCACGUGAAGAAGAGCAACUGUCUGAACAAGCGGUCGGCCAUCAACAUCUACGCCACGGCGAACGAGUACAACACGGCUGGACGGGCGCGAAGUGUAGGUGGAGCAGGAACACUUCCGGCACCCGGCCAGGCCAGACUAGAGAGCCACAGCUACGCCACCAUCGGCGGAAACUGUCCGAGAAACUGUGAUAAUUAUGAUACGGUUAGUAAUAGUAAAUAUAACACAACACAACACGAGAGGCGGUUGAACGACUUCAGCCGAAAGGCCGAGAGGCAGCACGAGUAUGCAGUUCCUUCCAACUGUCUGCUGGACACGACGCACGAAACGUACACGACCAGCUGUGAGCGGAUCGCUGGCGAGACGUUCGAGUGCACCUCCAGCAGCAAGUACUCGACAUCGUCCCGGGGCUCCAGCGAGUGCUCCCAUUCGGUGGCGUCCAACCAUCAUCAUCAACAAGCGGCAGUGGCCGGGGCCUACCCAGGGAUGCCUCCGGUUUUGCCCAAUGGGGGGCCUCCGAAUAUCCUUUCGACGGCUUUCAUGGGUAAGAACAAUGAUCCCAGCAGCGGCGGCUUCAACAAUUCCAGUGCUUCGAACAACUUGAAUAGUAAUAGCGCUAGUAGUUACAAUAGUAGUAGGAAACAGAACAAUUGUCUUAACGGAUGCAAUGAAAGUAGUAGUGGUGAUAGGAAAGGUGAUAAGUCCAACCCUAACUCUACGCUCGGUGGGGACAAGAACAAUUUCAAUGAUAGAAGACUGCCACAAGCCAUGUGGGCAUAACGAUUACUUAAAUACAGGUUAGUUAAUUAUUUUUAUCGUUGAAGCAGCCAACCAGAGAUACUAUUCCUUAUCCCCAUUUAAGAGAAGAAACAAAAUCAUAAUAAUACCCCAAACAAAAUACCACUAAAGUUGCAAAUUGCGCACUGCACUGUACACAGCAUCACUCUUGCAUUAACAGAUCAAAAAUCAAUCUCACUCAUAGCAGAGCUACAGCAAAUAACGAGCAUCAUUGAAAGACAACCGUCAGUUUUAGGGUUAGAAGACAGAGAAGCUCUUCGGGACAAACGAGUCCAAUCCGCCAUAUUUUACAGUAUUUCUUAUUAUCAGUAUUCAGGUCGAUUUUUUCUUUUGGUUUAGAAAACCCUCGAACUAGCAUGCUGCACACAAUAGAAACACUUACUUCCGAUGUGUCGAAGCACACAUGUAAAUGCAAACUACAGUUUAAUUGUUAGCGCCUGUACAAGCCCAAACAGUGCCUUUAGUGAAAGAAAAAAGAGAAAAAAUACAAACUAGCACAGCAACAGCAACAGACAACAACAGAAAUCUCAGAACAAAACUACGUCGAGCAUGGGAAAGAUUAUAGACGAAAAAAAAAAUACACACAGUUUAACAGUGAAAUAUGACAUUCUAAAGCGUUCGGUGCGUCCAUUCUUUCGUCUCCCACUGGCUGGCUCAUGAGAUACAUGAGAUAAAGUUCCAUUUAAACCACAUUGAAAAGCGAGGAAGGAAAAAAACACACGCGGGCGAAUGCACUCAAUCUCUCACAUAUGGAUGGGUGUGGAAAAUAAGAUCAACGUUUUUCAACUUGUUCUUUUCUUCUUUUACCAACUCCCAAGAUUCCCAACCGAGAAGAAUAGAUUCUGUUCCGAGCAAAGCGAUUUAUCGAAGAAUGCGAACAAAAGGAAUUAGGAUGAAAAGUGAGACUCAAAUAGAGAGAGAGAGAGAGAGUUAGGAGAAGUAAAAAAAAUCUAGUCACAGAAACAUGUAGCAUCAAAACAACGGGAAUCGAGUAGGGACGGGGUGGAGAAACUCCAAUUCUAAUCUCUUCGGAAUCAAUCUUGCACUAAGAAGCUUCGUUGAUUGAAAGCUGCUUUGGCUUGAAGGUUCUUCUUCAUCGACUUGCUCCGCAGCAUUGAAUAUGUGUGUUUUUUUUAUUUUUUUUCUCUUUCCAUUCUUUGAAGCUGAUUAUUUUCAAUCAUCGAUUUUUUCUCCCUUUUUGGAUAAGUCUGAUUUUUCACGCUCAACUUAAAUCCAUUUGCGAUAUUUCUCUUUGGUAAAUCUACGAAUUCGGGUUUUAAUCAGGAGAAAAAAUGCUGCAGGCCCUGUAAAUCGACAGCGUAGCUAAUUUUAUUGAAAAAGUUUUUAUCUUUUGGUUCUUGUUUUUUUUAAUUUUUUCAACAAAAGAUUUCCAAAACAAUCAUCGUGUAUUUUUCUGUCUGAAUAACGUUUUGGUACUCAUUCUGGAACGAAAAGCUGCAGAAUCUGCAUUUCCGUUAUUUCAAAGCCAAUCGGAACCUAAAUUCACGAGUGAGCAUUCCUUGUAUUAUUUCAACCUUAUUCCCAGGAAUUGCCAAACUGAUUCACAAAAAAACCCUUUGAAAGAUCAGACGGUAAACGAAACAGAGAAUAAGAAUAACCAUCGACGCAAAACGUUAAGUGAUUUUAUAUGGAAAUUUGAUAGAAAACAAGUGAGUGUGUGAGACCACAGAGAAUACAAAACAAAGUUGAGUGUUCGAAUUCUUCGAUUUUUUUUUCGUUCAAAAUUAGCAUAAAAACAGAAGAACACAACCGCAACAUGAGCACACUCAUACAGACUUACCGAUCCAACGGAAAGAUGUUAAAACAAAAACAAAACUCAAAAACGAAUAACAGAGAAAAAAAUACUUUCUGCCAAGCCUCGUCGUUGCUGAAAGCCCAUGUAGGAAGGCAGCCGUAAAUUAGUGCAGCAACACCGGAACUGAAUUGAUUUACAUAUUUUCUCACCUUGUUCUGGCCUGUUAAUUUGAUUUUUCCCUUUUCUCUCAUUUUUGGCUUUUGUCUUGUUUAAAUUCCAUAAAACGAAAACAACAAAAAAAAAAAACGAUCUAAAGAGUCCAACUUCAUCACCACUAAAACUGAACGGGCUGGAAGUCACGAAAACUCCAUUCUUUUAACGACCGCAGCAAAUUAGUUUGAUAGCUAAUUUCGACCAUUUGGUUAUUCAAAUAGACAUUUGAACAAAAAAAAACUACCCAUCAGAAACGUGUAGCAAAUAGCAAGAAAAAAGUGCAGUUUGACUAAUAAAGUAAGAAAAAAAGUUCCUCCAUAUUGGGGUGUUCAAAGAAAUGUUAGGUUUCUAAACGGAAAAAAUAAAUCUCAAAGAAUUCUCGAUGGGAGAGCGCAAAAUAAAACUAUUUUGUUGAAUUAUUUUUCAUUACCUCAUUGCAGAUACAAAUUCAGAAUUUAAAGUGUAAGAGAAACGAAAACCCAGUUAUAUUAAGCUUGCCAGAUUGCCCGGUUUUAUCCGGGUUUGCCCGGAUAUUUGAUGCAAAAUUUCGAGAAAGUCCGGUCCGGCCCGGUUGCCCGGAUAUCGUGAAAAAAGUCCGGAUAUUGCCCGGAUUUUUUCACAAUUUCCACAAAAAAACCAAUAAAAAAAAUCAAAGUUUUUGAGUAUGUUUCAGCAAAAUCGAUUAACGGUAUGGACAUUUUCAACGGUUGUUUCAAAUAAUUUCGCUGAUUUACUUUUAAAAACCUUUAAAUAUUUAAGUGUUCCAAAAAGUUUUUGGAAGUCUGCAAUUAAUAAAAUAUUAAUUUAAUUUUUUUUUGCAUUUUUCCUUUGCUGUUAUAUAUAAUAACACCUAAAUUUUGCCCGGUUAUUGCCCGGUUUUUGCCCGGUUUUUGGAUUUGAGAAAUUGAAAUCCAUGCCCGGAUUUUGCCAGGUUUUUUUGAAAAAAUGCCCGGAAUUGCUAGGCCCGGAUGGGAGUGGAAAAAAUUCUGGCAACCUUAAGUUAUAUGCUUAGAAGACCUACCCUGUAAAUAUAGUCAGUCAGUUUUCGAUUCAAGAAAAGAUACACUCCUAGUGCUAUGAAAUUCUCCUGUAAAUAUAGGCAAGACAACAAAUUUACGACUUAACUGCUAGUACGAAUGCAAAACUUAACAAAACAAAAACUGUAAUAUCUCACAUUCACUCACACCACUCAAAGCAAACAAAAUAAAACUCUUAAAAAGAAAAUCCACUUACAAAGACAAAAAGAGAUUCAAAUUAUUACAAAUUAACUAGAAUUACAGUAAACAAAAAACAAAAACAAAAACUGAACAACGUUACUCGCUCCUUUAAUUUAGAUUAAAGAUGAAUGAAGUGUUGUGCUGGCUGAUCGCAAAAGUCACAUUCACCGAAACAAAGAAACGCAUAAUUGUACAUAACCUUAACAGUAAGAAAAUCUAAAACCCACUCGUAGGCAAAAGGCAAGCAAACAAAAUUUCAAAAACUAUUGCAAACCAAUCGACUAGCAGAAAUCGCCGAAGAAUUGUGUACAAAGUCAAAGGAAAUAAAAAAGAAUAUUAUUAUUAUUACUGAUUAUUAUAAUUAUUAUAAUAUUAUUAUUUUAGUGUGUAAGACGAGUUCCAGCCCGUCCCAUUUUCGAGUUCGUCGGAUGCCAGCAAGCGAUACGCUUGCGGAUGCCAAUCGAAAUGGGUGGGUGAGUGGAAGAACGCCAGUGGAUCUAAACAUGGAAUCCUACAAAAUUUUAAAAGAAAAUAUAACAUGACACGAGCGGAAGAAGGAAACAAAUUACGAAAAUAAAACUAUAAUUUAUUUAUGAAAAAUGAA